UUGAAUUUCAGGUUUCGAGUCUGAGGAGUUGGGUCAUAGGUUUUGAGGUUUCAUGUGUCUCCAUUCUGGGUUUAAAGUCUAAAAUAUUUUUUUUUCCCAAUGUCAGAUUUUGAAUCUUAUUUUGUAGGGUUCUAAUUUUGAUUCUCGUGGUUCCCAUUGUCCAGUUCUGGUAGUUCCAGGGUCUAAAGAUCUCAUUCUCAUAUGUCUGGGUCUCGCAGUCACAGUUUGGAUUUUGGUCACUCUUCGAAUCAGCCGAGGGGUUUUCAGAGUCUUACUCUCAUGGUCAGAGAUUCUGGUCUUCACACUUUCACAUUUUAGUUGGGGAAUAAUGAGCUUCAAAGGAGACAAGGAGUGAAGUGAAGCAUCGAAAGAACAAGCAAGAGGAGUUGGACGAGCAAGAAAAAAAAAGGGACAAGACCCGAAACCCAGAAGAAGAGCAGAUGGAUGUGAAAGGAAGCAGCGGCUCAGAUAAGGAGGAACUGAAAACGUCUGGGUACAGAGAUCCGCAGCAGACCCAGGGCGUCCAAACGGGGCCGUCACCGCUGUCGACCCAUGCUUCCCGGUCCGACUACAGGGAAGGGGACGAGGAUGACGACCUCAUCAAACCCAGGAAACUGGUGAAUCCAGUCAAAGCUUCACGAAGUCACCAGGAGCUUCACCGAGAGCUGCUGAGCAGCUGCAGGAGAACGGGCGGAGUCAGUGUGGAGCUAAAACCGGAGCUCCACAGGGUCCUUGAGUCCAGGAAACGAGAUCAGCUGCUCAAACAGAGGAAACAGGAAGAGGAAGCUCACAGGAAGAUCUCACCUCUCGAGGCGGAGCUUCAGAAGAGACACAGGAAACUGGAGGAGAUGGAGAAGCAAGAGCAGAAGGAGCACGAAGAAAACCUGAAGGCCCCUGAAUUUGUCAAAGUCAGAGAGAAACUCAGACGAACGUCUUGCAAGGAAGAAAAGGAAGUGUAGAAACUGGGCUCUCCAGGAGGGGGCAGCAGCUCAAAAACUGUCUUCGCGUUUACAGGAGACUCAGGGGACAACAACAACAACUCAAACAGAACAUUCUGGGGACAAGGCAGAUGGACAGUCUGUGGACAAUGAACAGAAUCAAUCUGACACACAGAGGAUAGACGGACAAGGAGCGCUUCUAAGAACAACUAGAAACAAUGGAAGAACCGGUGGCUACAUUAAAGGACAACUUUAUUUGUGUGACUCAAUGUUCUUCACAACAAAAACCGACAUAAAAAAAAUAACAGACUAAUAAACAGUAGCAGAUAAAAUUGAGUAGAAGUGAAAAUAAAACUCUGCCCCGGAGGAACUACCAGUCCUGAUGGCUUUCAGUUUAUAUAAAGGGAACGUUUCUCUUUUCUGGACUUGAAGACUAG